CUGGAAAGAGGGGAAAGCAAACAAUUUUUAGGCCCGCCGCGUCCAGCAAAAAAUAUGAGAAAAAAAUUACAAAAAAUCCGGGGAAUAGUUGAAAGUCAAGAAAAACGCCGUAGAAAGGAUGUUAACGCUCCCACGGGCGCUGUGUUUUUGCUGUGCUAAAGAUUUGGACUCUCUCACUCCGCCUGCGCAGGGACACAUCGCACGCGUCCACCACAUGGCCCGCUGCCGCUAAGUUGCCAUGGCAACCGUAGCUCCCAACGACAGCCCAGCCGCGGCAGAGCGCUGCCGGUCGAGGAAGAGGAGAGUGGAGGGAAAAGUGAGGAAGAACUUCUCGUGUCAGUUGUGUGAGAAGUCCUUCAACAGUUUGGAGAAGCUGAAGGUCCACUCGUACUCUCACACAGGCGAGAGGCCGUACCGCUGCACGCAAAACGACUGUAACAAGGCUUUUGUCUCUAAGUAUAAACUGCUACGGCACAUGGCCACACACUCGCCAGACAAGACACACAAGUGCAGCUACUGCGAGAAGAUGUUCCAUCGUAAGGACCACCUGAAGAAUCACCUCCACACGCACGACCCCAACAAAGAAGCCUUCAGCUGCACGGAAUGUGGCAAGAGCUACAAUACCAAGUUGGGCUUCCGAAGGCAUCAAGCCCUGCACGCCGCCCACCGCGGAGACCUGACGUGUCAGGUGUGUCUGCAGCCGUACCCGAGCACCCCCUUGCUGCUGGAGCACCUGCGUGGCCACGCCGGGAAAAGUGCCGCCGCCACGAAAGAGAAACGUCAUCAGUGUGAACACUGCGAGCGGCGUUUCUACACCCGCAAGGACGUGCGUCGCCACUUGGUCGUGCAUACGGGACGCAAGGACUUCCUGUGCCAGUAUUGCGCCCAGCGGUUCGGCCGUAAGGACCACCUCACCCGCCACGUCAAGAAGAGCCACGCUCACGAUCUACUGAGGGUCAAGGCUGAGCCCGUGGACUUGAUGGAGCCGCGCUCCUCGGCGACAUCCGGGUCACUCGCUCUGAGGUAUCCGCUGGGUCACGCUUCUUACUCGCCGCCGCCCUUGAGGGGGGACCUUGAGAGUUACCUGCUAGAGCUACAGGCCGAGGACGCGCCCAAGCCAAAUGCUGCUGCCACGGCGACCGGAGACGCGGUAUCGUCACUAGACUUCCUGUCUCCACUGUUUAACUUUCUGCCUUACAACCAGGGGGCAGUGCCGGCGUUGGGAGUGCCUUACAGCCAGGAGGAGGGGCUACCUUCAACCAUGCCCAUGCAAGACACGCCCGAGUCUCUCGGCCUCCUUCACACGCUCACUUCACACACACUUUCGCAAACCAACGCGCUCACUCCCAACUAUGCACACCCACCGUCUCUGAAUACAACCACCACCCUGCCUCGCUUUCACCAGGCCUUCCAGUAACCCGAAUACACACACUUCAUUGCCUUUUAUUCACCUUAAAGACCUUAAUUGAAUUCAAACAAGCACAGAACUCAAGCAAGUACUGCGUGAUGAAGGAACAUCUUGAUGUUACAUGUUUUUUUACUUCAAGACCCAUUUUAGUUUUUAUCCAGAUGCGAGGAUGCCAAACAUCACCAGCAACCUUAACUAAAAGUGAAAAGCCCAGUUUGGGUGUGUUUUAAGAGCAGGAUUUUGUUUGCAGUGAAUUUUUGGCUCACAAAACGGCCGUCAGAUUGAGCUUCACUUUCCAAUUCCUCACAUUAGCACUUUGAACUUUGAGUUCCCUCAAAGCUAAAAGAUGGCGUUUCGUCUGUUGUUAGUUUCUAUGGCUCAUAAACUGUUGGGUACUGACCUCCCAGCGUUUUAGUGACCGUGUCGCACCUCUUCACAGCCAAAGGCAACCAAACCCCUCAUAGUUAUAGACAGGAAGGCUCAUCUCGUGAUGUUUUUGAUUAUUUUUGAUGGCUGUUUGCCUUCAUGCUGCUGCUCAUCGUAAGAGCCUCAACGGACACCAGCACAGAACUGCUUCACAAUACAAACCAACAAAGGGAAAGAUGGACAGCCUCUCUCUCUCUCUCUCUCUCUCUUACAGUCUUCCUUGUAUCUUUCUUCUUGCUCUUAAACGUUUUCAACCUCAUCCACCAGAAUGCUGGCUGUUGCACUGAACAAAGCCUUCAAUGAAUGGCACGACGUUCAUAUCAAUCUUUGCUGUGUCAAUCGAAACCUGCAGCACGUGAAACUCCAAAACUGAAACCGCUAUCUGUGACGGACCCUGUCGUGACACGCUGCUCUAAGAAUCUGGCCGGACGAUCCUGCUGGUCUAUGAAUUGAAUCUAUGAAAGUUUGUGAUGUUCACAUUGACAACGAUUUUGCGAUUGGAGGUGACACAAAUGGAUUACCAUUGGACGCUCAAGUGUUAUGUCGCUUGAUACAGUUGGUUACUCUAGCAAUGGCCAUCAAGUUGUUGUCAAUUUGAACACCCCUAAAAAAACGAUUGCGUCCUCCAAAAGCAGAUUUGUGUGUGUAAAGUGCUAGCUAUGUGUUUGGGGUUUUUUGAUUUAUUUCCUCAAAAGCUGAAGGUUGUUAAGCUUAAAAUGUUCGGAAAGCCUCCGUUUCGAACAUAUGUUUCAUAAUAGCACUUUCAGAAAAAUAAUAUGCUUUUGUUUCGUCAUUAUUUGUGAAAGUAACUUUGUUAUAAACAGUUUAGAUGUCAUAUUUAGCUCUCUAGAAGAUUUUUGUUCUUGCAUAUACUCACAAUGCUAUACGUGUGAUAUUUUUACAGGUACACAUCAUACAGUGUUUUUGUUUUGUUCUUUUGCUUUAUUGCACAAAAUAUCAAAUUGUCAGUGUCUCUCAAAUGAGACUUCAGCCAAACGGCGACAAACAAGGUUGAAUCAACCCGCGAUGACCCUCGGCAAGCACUUAUGUUCUUCAUAUAUGUAUGUUUUUGAUGGCUCCAGUAUUGACAAAGUUGUCUAGAACUAUGCGGGCUGAUUUGGCCGCAACCAUGAGGUCCUCUGAAAGAGUGAUGUCAUUCAUUUCUAUUGCUGCUGAAUCAUGGACUUAUGUUGUGAAUCUAUAGAAUCGCUCGAUUGAGAGCGCUAUCAUUGGGAGCCACAACUUUUAAAACUCUCUUAUUUGUUUUCAUUGGUACCAUCGCAACACAGUGUGUGUGUUUGUGUGUGUGUGACACUCCUGCAAUAAAUCUGUCGGUUAAUGCUGCUAUUGGACAGUGUAUAGCCCCUGGUGGAGCAACAGACAUUCUCUCCUCCUUUAUUUCUAACAUUUCUGUUUUAAAGUAGUUGGGAUUAUGUGUGAGUGUGUGUUUGUUGGUGGGGGUUACGUGAGCCAUAUUGUUAAUGUAUUUGGAAUAUGGUGCAACUUAUGGAUGUCAUCGCAGCAUGGGGCGGGCCGUGGAGGUACUGACCUAUGACCUAAGACGAGGGAUAGAAAAGACAGACAGCAUUCCAGCCAUAACGAUGUGUGACAUUGUGUUCUUGUUGUUUAAAGUCUCUGUAUUGCUAUCCUGUGAUAAUGGCUUGCUAAUCAUGUAUAUUUUACAUUAAUGUAUUUUACAAACUACUGUUGUACGUGUAUAGCUUAAGACAGACAGAUUCCUAUAUAUCUGUGUGUUUGUGUGUGAAUGUUUGUGUAAAUGCAUCGAUUCCAUCAUGUAAACCUGCUGCCACAGCUGCUUAUUCAUUUUGUCUCCUACUGAUGACAUCAUCCAAAGAGAAAGUUAUUUAUUUACUGGCUACUUGAGUCAGGUUUGUGUUAAGGAGGUUGAAUGGCAGGUUGUUGGCAGUCGUGUGUAAAGAAGAGUGUGUUUGUUUGUGUGUUUUCAGACGACCUUUGCUGCUAUGUGAGGAGAGGAGAGAUUUGGUCCAGUGUUAAUACUGUCCACAGAACUGAAUGAUCAAUAAACAUACAAGAAGGACUCACUAAAUGA